AGAGAGACAGCCAUCGUAGUGGCAUCGUACUUUGGUCUGGCACAGAAACGCGUACAGCUUCGAUACACGUCGUUUUGGCAAAGCAAUGAAAAAAAUAAAUGAGGAAAAAAAUCCGUGAAGAGAACCGUACCGUAAUAAUUCCCCCGUGCGAGUCACGCCAUUGUGUAAGCAAAAUUAUUUUUGCCAAUUGUGCGAGGGCACUUUUGCGGAUCGGCCGAAAUUGAUUAGCAUCGAGAACCGCAGCAAUCGAGCGGACCAAAUGCCGCAGCAGUCGGCCGCCGCAUUAGCAUCAAAACGAUGGCCCCAGCGCUCACAGCCGAGCCACUAAGUCCCAAGGAGAAGCUAACCAGCACAGCCUCGCCCUCGGCCCGCAGCUCCUCGGAAAGCGGAGGAAUUGGAGGAGUAGCGGCCGGAGUGGCCAAGAAGCCGGCGACGCCCACGCCAGCCACGGCCACCACGCGGGUCACCCGUUCGUCUGCGGCGGCGGCCUCAGUGGCUGCCUCCCCGCAGCAGCGAUCCUCGCCAGCAAGCAAUAACAAACGGAAGUCCAUCAGCGUUAAAGCCUGUAAUGAUCCAAUGGGGAUAAGCACCGCCCCCACUCCACACAGCAGCAGCAGCAGCAGCAGUAAUCCCAAUUCCACGACGGAUGCUGCGGUGGCCUCCACCUCUACCGUGGAGCACAACAACAACAACAACAGUAGCAACAGCACCUCCUCCAGCAACAGCUCCACGCCCAAGGACAAUUCCACGGCCCAGCUGCUAGCAGAUCUGACCAUCAACUUUGAGGAGACGAUCUCCGCAGAGAUUUGCCUAAGGAAAACCCUGCCGGAUGUGAGUCUGGGUAAAGAACCGUCCACGCCUGCCUCGGUUUUGGCAGUGGCCACCAGUUCUGCGAAUUCCGGAAGCGGUUUGUCAGGAGAUACCUCCGUAUCCUCAGCGGUGGAGCUGCCAAAGAUAGAAACGGAUAACAUAGAGGAGCGCCUCAGUCAGCUGGAUGGCAAUGCCAGUGCUAUGGCCGAGGAGUCUGCGCCUCCGCCUCCUGUUCCACAUCCCGUCACGCCAAGCAGGCCGCAGCAGCCGCCACUCAGUGCCCAGUUGGAUUCUCCCCAGUCGACGCGAACCCAGCAGCAGCCACUGCAUCAGAUGACACCGCAAAGCACUACCAGUUCCAUUAAUUUUCUUAAAGACGGAGCCGCCGGCGCUGUACUAGAGGAUCAGGACAUCGAGGAGGUGCUUAAGGCGUUGAAGACAUUCGAUGGCGGCCAUGUCAAUCCGGAUACCAUCUGCGAGUUCUUCGACGAUGUGUGGGAAGAGUCGACACCGGUGGCUCCGUUGCCUGCGGCAGCUCCUGAAAAUGUGGCCGAGCUGCCGGACGUAAAGCCCAGCUGCAGUGGCAACAGCCAAAUCCUUGCCAGCAGUAGUAGCAACAUUGCCCAAGCGAAUGUGAAUAUCAAGCAGGAGCAGCGGCCCUGGCAGGAGAGCCACGCUGAGCUGGAGCAGCAGCACUACUUGAUCUCGCGCCGGAUUGAGUUCAUGCUGCGCAGGAUGCGUAAGCAGCAGGCGCGUCACAUGUGCCGCCACACCAGCGAGGAGGUGGUCGGCAUCUUUGAGUGGUCCGCUCGCACUUCCCACAAGGCGCCCAUUCCGGCGUUGAGUGCCACGCUGUCCGAGCAGGAGGCCACCGUCCUAUCGAUUGUCUCCGGCCGUCCGGGCGCAGCCUUCUGGGAGGAGCAGAACAAGCAUCCGCUGCCCGCCAGUCAGAUGAGUAACGUGAUCAGGCAUAUUGCGACGGCUGCCCGCCACCAGCAGAUCUGCCAUUCAGCCAGCGGGAGCUCAGCUACGCUGGCCCCAUCCUCCAGUUGGUACAACAGCUCCAACAGCUCAGCGCUGCCGGGAAAGCGGCCGCGAAAGAAUCAAUUGGAUGCUACGUUGGCAACGGGAGCAGCAUCUGCAUCUUCGUCAGCAUCUGGAUUGGCGACAGUCACGAUGGGAGCCACAAAGGAUGCAAAUACGCCGCGGGCGGAUGACAUCGUGCCCGGCUACGACACCUACGUGACGAGCGAGCUAAACCAUGUGGCCGGUUUGCUGCACACGGAGCUGCGAGAGGUCCAGAACGCCAUCGAUUCGGACGCCACGGAAUCCAGUUCUGGUGGCGAGUCCGCCGACGAAAUGGUCACUUACAACAACUCACAGCAGCUGCCGCUAGCCAUCACUCGACGCGCUGUUUGGCGAUACUCGAAAGAUCGGGCAGGCAUAGCCUUGCGCUGGUCGUGGCUCUGCUCCCAGCUGGCCGACUUGGAGAUGAAGAUCCGACAGCACAACGACCUCUUCGUGGAGCUAACCCAAUCCAAGGGCGAGGUUCAGCUGGAGGCCACAUCCAAGACAUCGCCGUCGCCGCCACCACCUGCGAAUGGGAUCAUGGAGGAGCCCAAAGCCGACUAUCUCUGCAGUCGGGCCAGGCCAUUGGUGCUUUCCGAGUUCCGCAAGCGCAAGCUCUUCCAGACCACCAACAUGCACACGAUUUCCAAGAAGGCCGCGCGGCCCAGCAACAUCAAAUGCGGCUGCCAGUGGCCGCAGGUGCCAUGCACCUUGUGCACGGGUCGAACAGAUCCCACAGCGCCCCGUGAUCUGGUCGAAACGAUGAUGCCGGCCAAUCGGGUGGCUCUGCUCGAUGCUGGCUACCAUCCAGUGCUCAGCUUCCCCAGUGAUGUCAGCCAGUCGGUGCACCUGGAGUCCGUUGCCCGCCAGCCGGACUGGCAGUACCGCGUCAUGCGCAGCCAGGCCAAGGCCAUUGUCAAGGCCAUGUGGAAGGCGGAGCGCGAGACGCUGGCCUCCGGCGGAAUCGGCGGGCAGGCGGGCAGCCGACGGUCGGGCGAUGCGGUCAAGCGGCGUUAUAUACGACGCAAGGAGCGCAACAACAACUCAAAUAAGGAGGCUGGCAGCGGAGUUAAGGCUGCCGCUGCAGGAGGAGCAGGCGGAAGCGAAAGCGGUGGCGUCGGGGGAGGGGAUAGCGGAAACGGUACUGGUACUGCUACUACUUCUUCUUCUACUACGCCUACUACAACGCCACUUGUGGCCAACACAGCAGCGGCCAAGGGCAAACGACAACCACAACACCCAACUGGAGCGAGCAAUUCCAGCUCGCUGUGGCCCGACUCUCGCCAACGCCAACAACCACGCCACCACAGUCCCUCCUCAACCUCGAUCUCGGCACACAGCGGCUCUAAGAAGUCACGCAAAUCUGCAACCCACAACAGCAGCAGCAAUUCCACACAGCAGCAGCAACAGCACGGCAGCAACAUCAACAACCAUCAUCUAAACGGCUACGGUGAUCAGUGGGGGGAACAGAGCAGGAGUCGCCGCAACUCAUCGCCCACCCACAGCCAUCGAAAUGAGAAAACCUCGGAGCGCCGCGUUCGACCCAUCUACGACAUCAAUAACAUCGUUAUACCAUACAGCAUGUUGGCCCAGUCGAAAAUGGAGAUUCUUCCCUACAAGGAGAUCCCCAUACCCAAGUGGCGCAUUGUCGACAGUGAUAACGAUAAGGCAAAACUUUCGGCGGAUGAGUCAACGGAGCGUAAACUGAGCAAUGGCUGUGCGGCAUCAACGUCAGAGGAGCUAACAAACACCCAGCCAAAAGAACAACCGCAACAACAGUCGGCCGUGCAGCCUCCAAAGGUUAAUGGCCUGAGGGACAAACAGACUGCAAAGCACAAUAACAAUAACAAUACCAACAAAAAUAAUAAUAGAAAUGGACUGGUAAAUGGCAAUGUCAAGACAGAUGAGCCCAAGGCAGCGGAGGACGAGCAGAAGGAAAAGGGGAUCAAGCCCAAGCUCAACGGCAACAUCGCAAAAAAUGUGAAUGAUAAAAUGGCCGAAAAGCAGUUGGAAAUCGCCCACCCAGACACAGAACAACCACUGCCCAAGCGACCCAGGCUGGAAAAGCUUGCCGACGAGGAGGUUAUUAAGCCCAAAGCCAAUGGUCAGGUGGUGGAUCUGCAGUCGGAAACCCGCGAUGAUGAGGGGGAGGAGGAGCAAGGCGAGGAGGAUCUCUCGGAUGAGACUUUCAUUAUGCGACAUCAGCGCGCUCUGAUCGAGGAACGCCGCCGUUUCGAGACCUUCCUCAAGUUCCCCUGGAGCACUCGAUCGCGUGCGAAUCGACGCAUCGAUAGUCGCGCAGAGUCGAGUGGCGCCAACACACCAGAUCCCGCCUCGCCAGCUCCGCACAUGGGCGGCAUUGGGCACGACAACGAAAGCAUUCCCUCGCCGCUGGCCCAUCCAAUGGACGGGUUCAACGACAGCGGCGAGCUGCUGGUGGGCGGACAGGCGCGUCAAGCCCGCCGCCGGACCACGUCCAGCAAGCUCAAGGAUCAGGUGGAACGGCGCAGCACCACGCCCGAUUUGCGGGAGCCCUAUGCAGUGAUGCCUUCGGUCUUCGAACCCCUGACUUUUCCACUCUCCGAAGAGGUCUACCAGAAAAUGCUGGCCGAGACGUAUGCGAUGUCGGGCUCUAAGCGGGCCAAGAGCAAGUCGGUGUCCUCGAACUGCGAUGGGAGCAGCUCCACGGGAGGCAGCGGUAGUCGGCGCAGCAGCAAGACGAAGAUUAAGCUGAAUGGCCAGCUCAAUGGCCAUCCUGCGGCAGCGAAGAUAAACGGGGCAGAUGGGACGAGGGAGAGUGGAAUUUCGGAGCCGGAAGAGGAGGACAUGGUGAUGGAGGAGGAGGACGACGACUACCCCAAGCAUCAUCUGGCGCCCAUGGACGAUGAGGAGCAAUCGACUCCGGAUGCCGAGCUAGAUCUGUACGAUGCGGCGAUCGAUGCCUAUCUGGGCGAUCCGGAGGCGCUCGAGGAGGACAUGGCCGAUGAUCCUUUCGAGGACGACGAUCCUAACGAUCCGGAGUGGAAGACCCGGACCGAGGGCGUUCGCAGCAGACGCAUCUAAGAGCAAACCCAAAGCAAAUAACUUUCGUUUUCGUGAUUCAAGUCUUUUAAACGAUUUGUCAAUUUUUUAAGCCCCAAAACACACACACAACACAAAUCAGCCGGCGCAGAGCAACAAUUUUAACUUGUUUUUAACGGAUUGAUUUGCACUCACAACAGCAUUGCCUACUCUAAGCAAUCGUCUAAGUUAUUUAGUUCUACGAACCCACAAAAGCAGAGAUAAGCAAAACACAACAUAUACAUACUAUAUACACAAACAAACAGAAGCAGGAGCGAAUCUUGAAAUAUUCAAUGUAAAUAAAAGCUAAACAUAUAGAGCUAAGCAGUUACUGAUACAUGUAAACUAAUAAUCGGCCAUGGUAAAGAGAUCAUCGAACACACUUACCAAGCCGUGCGGGCGUGGUGGGUGUGUUCGGUUCGGAAAGUGGUCAGCGCUUAAGCAGAAACAACAAAACCCACUUGGGCUUCAAGUCAAAGUGCGCUAAUGAUAAAAUAUUAAGGUAAUCUAAAUAUAUAUAUAUACAAACACAUUUAAAUUUAAUAUAUAUAUAUAUAUAUAUAUGCAUACAUAAACAUGUAAAUGCCAAGGGAGCAGAUAGCAGAAGACUUGAAAUGUAUUCGCACCUGCACACAAACGUUAUAACAAUUAAACAAAACAAAGCGAUUUUCUGUAAAUUGAUCAAGCUUACCCCUUGGCCUCUAGCCUAACAAUUAAUCAGCUGGCUUUAGGCCCUUAUUUCUUAUUAAAACUUAAUACAAAAGUUUAUCAACUGUAAAUGUAUAGAGAGGAAUUCGAGAGCCGUGAAAUGUGAAAAACGAUCGAUCGAUAAAUGUAUGUAUAUGUAUUUUAGUUGCUUAGGCGUUUUCAUUUCUACUUUAAACGUUAGUGGCUAAUUGUAGCAAUUAAAAACAAAAAAAAAAAAAAAA